CACAGGACUUCUCGACAUUUACAAAUAGGAUUAAAAAAAGCGGACUGACUCGUGCUCGAUGCGCCGGAGCAGUGCGUGACGCUGCGCAGCCGCCGCUCCUCCGUCUUCAUGAACCCCGCGCCGUGGAGGUGACAGGUGGGUCGCUGCCGUCAUGGAUGACGCUGAAACCACGACGUGCCUUAAUGGGGCGAAAAGACAACAUGUUGACAGAUCAAGUGCCCAAAGGAAGUCUUCGCUUCGCUUGUGGUUCAAGUUUCUUCUCCUUUUCUGUCUGGGUGCAUUCGUCUUGUGUUACACUUUGCCUGGAAGCGUCACAUCACAGUGGGUGAGCGAUUCCUUCCAGAAGCACUACGAGAGGAUUUUCAGUCGGAUACAUCAGAAUAUUUCACAUCCUCCCUAUAAACAUUAUAAAGAUGAUGAAACGACACGGGGAAAAAUCCCAGAAACGACACCAGGAAAAACCCAAUUAACGACACCAGGAAUAAUCCAAGAAACGACACCAGGAAUAAUCCAAGAAACGACAGCACCUAAAACAACCCUACCCACUGAGGCACGUACAGGUAUUCAGUUCCACCAAGCAUACCCACGCAACUACCACUUUAUUAUGGAUAACACAGAAGUGUGCAACACCAGGAAGCCUUUCUUGGUCCUGAUGGUUCCAGUGGCACCAAAUAACGUGGCAGCUCGGGACGCGAUCCGACAGACGUGGGGCAGCAGCAGCCUGGUUCAGGGGAAGGUGGUGCUCACCCUGUUCUUGCUGGGUCUCCCGAGUGGAGCGGACUUUCAGCAGCAGCAGGAGAAAGUCAGACAGGAGAAUCAGCAGCAUCAUGAUCUGAUCCAGAGCGACUUCAUGGACACCUACCUAAAUCUUACCAUUAAAACCAUGGUGAUCAUGGACUGGCUAGCCACCCGCUGCCCUACAGCAGCCUACGCCAUGAAGAUAGAUUCAGACAUGUUUCUAAACAUUGACAAUCUCAUGGUUAUGCUGCAGAAGCCAGGUAUCCCCAAGACUAAGUAUCUGACAGGAUACGUCAUGUGGAACAUUCCAGUCAUACGUUCAAUGGACUCUAAGUGGUAUGUCUCCGAGGAGUUGUACCCAGAUCCCCAGUACCCGACCUACACGCUGGGCAUGGGCUAUGUCUUCUCCAACGAUCUCCCACAGAAGUUUGUAGAAGUCUCAACAUCUAUCACACCCUUUAACAUAGAAGAUGCUUAUAUUGGAAUGUGCAUGAAAAAGCUAGGAUUCCCUGUGACGCCACCACCAGACCCUGGUCAGUUCAGGACUUAUAACAUAAUGUAUAACCGCUGUGAGUACUCCAAGAUCAUCACCUACAUUCUCGGGUCUUCAGAGGAACUGGUGAGGUACUGGACAGAUCUAAAGAAACCUGGACCUCCGUGUUGAGACCUAGUGUCACUGAGACGUCACGUGGGUGGAUAGGGGCUGGGUGGCAGGGUGAUAUAAGCUGGAAGGAAACAGAGAGGGAAGCUCAAAGAAACAUGAAAUGAAGGGCAGUGAUGAAGACGAACCCUCAACUCUGUGUUAAGACAAUGACUGGUACAAUUCAAGCAGGAGGAGGGGUGACAGUGGAUUUCCUGGUUAGGUCAUUUUACAGAAUAAGCACUUCCUCAAAUUGCCAUGUUACAACACACAUAAUGUGACGUUUAGAGCGAAGUGUGAGAAAGGGCCUCGCAUUAUUCCAACGCAUACCUCAUACAUUAGGUAGAUUUCAUGGGUUACACAAGUAUAAAUAGAUGAUAGUUCUGUUUCUUGACCUCAGUUUUUAAAACUUAUGCUUUGCAAACAAAAAAAAACAAAUCACAAAGGGAAUCCAUUUAUUUAACUGAGUGUGGGAGGUGCAAUGAUUAAAAACGGCUGUGUGGUCUUUUUUAUGGAUGGGGCUGCUCUGUUUACAGUUAGGAAAAAGAAGGCGUGUGUUUGCUAUUUAUUUGAAUCAAUGAAUGUGUUUAAAUUAAUAAAUGUGAUGUUUCAUAAUUAAACUAAUCACACUAUUA